UUCUACUGAAAACUUCCUGUAAAGAACGAAAACAGAAGAAGAUCCCGGACCAGUGGAGCUCUGUCGGCGCUAGCUCCACCAUGUCACGGUGACCAUGUCGGUGUGAACGGAAACUGUUUUCCUAGAAACGUUUCUGUUUCCAGACGGAGUCUUUAGGAUGGCAGGCGAGGAGGAGCGGGGGGUGGUUCGUGUCAAAGUCAAGAAAUGUGACGGCGCUCUUCCUGUCGAGUUUCGCUCCUUUGCUGUGGAUCCUCAGAUCACGUCUCUGGAGGUUCUGCAGCACAUCCUGAUCCGAGCCUUCGACCUGAACGGGAAGCGGAACUUCAGCAUCAGCUACUUGUCCCGGGAUCGGAGCGGAGUGGAGACGCACCUGUCUCUGCUGUCGGACUGGGAUCUGGACGUGGCGUUUAUGAGCGCAGCUAAACCGUUCCUGCAGCUGAAGAUGGACGUGAAGCCUUCAGAGGACAGUCCAGUCAUGGAGGACUGGGACAUCAUCAGUCCCAAAGACGUGAUUGGCUCUGAGCUGCUUACUGAGAGGACCAGGACGUUGGCUUCUGCAGCUCUCCCCUUCACCCAGUCCUUACUGUCCCAGGUGGGUCGGACCCUGUCUCGAGUCCAGCAGGCCUUCACCUGGUCCUAUGGGGAGGAGAUCAGACCUUUCAAACCUCCGCUGAGCGACUCGGAGUUCCACAGCUACCUGAACGGACAGGGCCAGCUGACCCGGCCGGAAGAACUACGGCUGAGGAUCUACCACGGUGGCGUGGAGCCGUCGCUACGAAAGGUGGUGUGGCGCUACCUCCUGAACGUCUAUCCCGACGGACUGAGCGGGCAGGAGAGGAUGGACUACAUGAAGAGGAAGACGAGGGAGUACGAGCAGCUGAAGAGGGAGUGGACGGCCCGGGUCAGCCACGAGGAGCUGGAGUUCAUCCGUGGAAACGUUCUGAAGGACGUCCUGAGGACGGAUCGAGCUCACUCGUACUACGCCGGCUCAGAGGACAGUCCACACCUGACCGCCCUCACCGACCUGCUCACCGCGUUCGCCAUCACGCACCCUCAGAUCUCCUACUGCCAGGGCAUGAGUGACAUCGCCUCUCCCAUCCUAGCAGUCAUGGACAACGAGGCACACGCCUUCAUCUGCUUCUGCGGCAUCAUGAAACGCGUGGAGGGAAACUUCCGACCAGACGGGCAGCUCAUGUCCGUCAAGUUCCAGCACCUGAAGCUUCUCCUGCAGUACUCGGAUCCGGAAUUCUACACCUACCUGGUGUCCCGAGGAGCCGACGACCUCUUCUUCUGCUACCGCUGGCUUCUCCUGGAGCUGAAGCGAGAGUUUGCGUUCGACGAUGCUCUGCGGAUGCUGGAGGUGACCUGGAGCUCCCUGCCCCCGGAUCCUCCUGAAACGGAAGUGGAGCUCCUGGGACCGCUGGUGGAGGCCGAACAAACGGCCUUUAGAGGGGGGACCCUGGAAAAUGUCCGUAGAGGUGAUGAGGGACAAAAGGAGAAGCAGCGUCGGCGGCACAUGCUGAGGCCUUCCAGAGGAGAACCGGAGGUGCGCAGAAUCCUCGCUGAAGAGAAGGAGGCGCGAGCCGGAGACGCUGGGAGGGAAAACGACGCUCCAGAAACCGCGGAGGAGUCGGAAUCCCGGCGUCGCUGCUGCCAGAGACAACCCAGCUUUGGAGAGUUUAAAUACUACACCGCUCGGAGUGAAGACAGCAUGGACGUGGAGGACGCUGACACGGCGAGGGACAAGCCAAGGCGCCAGUCCACCGUGGACAGCGAGGACGACCCAGGAGAACAGACGCCUCUCAUUACAAACUGUCCAAACGGUCCCUCUCCAGCACCGUCACGCUCCCUCUUCCCCGGUGGACUUCCAGCCUGGAAAAACGGACAUUCCGUCUCUCCUUCAUCUUCAGUUUCAAACUCCGGCUGGCCAGGAGUUUCUCCCGACUCUCCUCCCGAUCCCACAUCUCCGGCCAGCGGAGGCGAGGCCUCGUCAAAGACUGUCCCUAAAGUGUGGACUUCUCCGGUCCCGGUGCUGAGCACCGCAGAGACCAGCUGUCCUCCUGUGAAAACCUCCCCCUCUCACGGUCCCAGCAGGUCCCUGCUGUCCUCUCCCGUCCUGUCCUUCGGAGGCAGCAGGUUGUCUUCUCCGGGCCCCAGGUCCCCCAGCGCCGCCGCCAGCACGCCCGGCUCCCUGAAGGCGGAGACCACCAGCAUCAAACCCUGCUCUCUACCUCCUCCUCAGGAGUUCGGGAAGGGAAACCCCUUCAUGCUGUUCCUGUGCUUGUCCAUCCUGCUGGAGCACCGGGACCACAUCAUCAAGAACAACCUGGACUACAACGAGAUCGCCAUGCACUUCGACCGCCUGGUGCGCCGCCACAACCUCGGCAGGGUUCUGCAGCGGGCCAAGGCCCUGUUCGCCGACUAUCUGCAGAGUGAGGUUUGGGACUCGGAGGAAGGAGACGAGGUGAGCUCGGACUCUCCGACCACAGCGGCUCCUCCGUCCCCGUCUCCGCCCCUCUCCACGCGGCCCGUUUACAGCCCUUUAGCUUCACCCCCGUCGUCACCAAACUCCACCUACAACCUCAGCGCCACCGUUCCCCUCUCGGUUUCUUCCACUUCCUGAUUCCGUCCUGCAGCUUUGGACUUCACCGUGGUCGGACUCUGAGGUUCCGUUUGCCUCCUGAUGUUGGGCCGGGCUCGUCCCGCGUGCCUGCUGACGUGUAUUCCCGCCUGUAAUCAUCAUAUCCUUUGUUUUGUGAGGGCGUCGACUCUGCUGCUGCCGCCGCCGCUGCUGCAGCCGCUGCUGCUGCUGCAGCCGCUGCUGCAGCCGCUGCUGCUCCUGCUGCUGCUGCUGACGCUCCUCCUGCUGCUGCUGCUGCUGCUGCUGCUGCUGACGCUCCUGCUGCUGCUGCUGCAGCCGCUCCUGCUGCUGCUGCCGCUCCUGCUGCUGCUGCUGCUGCUGCAGCCGCUCCUGCUGCUGCCGCCGCCGCUGCUGCAGCCGCUGCUGCUGCUGCAGCCGCUGCUGCAGCCGCUGCUGCUCCUGCUGCUGCUGCUGCUGCUGACGCUCCUCCUGCUGCUGCUGCUGCUGCUGCUGCUGCUGCUGCUGACGCUCCUGCUGCUGCUGCCGCCGCCGCUGCUGCAGACGCAUGAAGUUUAAAUUGUGACAGCUGAAGCUCACUCGGCUUGCCUGGAUUCUGAAGGACCGCGGAGUCUUGUCGGUGCAUUCGGCCUUUCUCUGAUCUUUGUUUAUGUUUUGGUUUCGUGUCCGGAAACCCAGGAGGAGGGUUCAGGAGUCCGCUUUUACAUCUCCAGCAGAACCUGGCCAGGUUGUGGGUAACGAAUCUCAUGGCUGCUGUUGAUGUGCGUCUCCGAAGUUCCGCCGGGGUCUCCGGACCCUCGACGGGGCGGGCGUAGCCGCUGGCGCUCUCUCAGCAGGUGUGCCGAAGCCUUAAAGGGAGACUCCACUCAGCCUGUGUGAACGUCACAAAUCAUUCCCAUCUUGUUCUUGGCUUCCUGAAUGGCCUCGGUUCAGAGAAAUUGAGUCACGAGCCAACGGCUACAACGAGCUACGCUGCUGCAGCAGGUUCGUUUAGCACUUCCGGGUCAUCUGGGGGUCACGCCUGGCAGGAAGUCCUGAACAUUCCUUCUGGGAUGGGAAACAGAUAAAGAUGUGAAGCGUUUCUGGAGGAUGCUGAUGCCGUUUGUUUUUGGCUGCACCGCUAGCUGUUAGCUCAUCAGUCCUAAGAGACAUGAACUCUAUUUCUCUGAGCUGAGGCCGUUCAGGAAGACAUCUGCGGCAGUAACUUUAGUUUUUGACAUCUUCAGCUCUUCUAGAGGGAAAUCCGACCGUAUUUGGACCAGAGACGUUCUGAUGGGGCUUUAUCGUGCUCUCCUGCCCCUAGAGGGGGGGAGUGGUGCUGCAGAUGUGCUUUUACAUGAUCUCUGUGCCUGACGGGUUAGUAACACACUAACUAGUUGGUUCUUCUUCUUCUGCAUCUUUUUCAUCUCUUGAAUGACGUUUUUAUGUUUUUAUAUCGACGAGCACAACUUCUCGGUCCCGGAGAACCAACCUGGAUCGUGGAUCCCACCGUCGAGGUCCUUCAGGCGUUUAGCUCGAGCUCGUGCAUCAGCCACAGCUGUCGCUGCAACGCGCGGCGGCUGCGUCCGUCUUUAGGAACGCCGGGUCUGAGCAGCUCUGUCGAAACUUCUCAUGCUUUCUUUUCUGACUUGUUUCUGCUUUAAGCUGAUGAGCCAAAAUAAUCAACGUGUCUUUUUCUGCCUUCCAUCUUUUAAUCAGCCGGGUGCUCCGGCGCUUCAGCCGCCCCCGGUGGUGUGUGUGUGUGUGUGUGUGUGUUUCUGGGUUUGUGCAAUAAGGAUGUACCCGUUAGCCUCUACUUUAUGCAUUGUUGUAGUUGAUUUGUUUAGUUGUUUACUUUGAUUGUGACCGUUGUUGUUUACUACGGUCAGCUGAUUAGCUCCGUCGACUCUGCUGAGAGACGCUAAACGACCGAAAACGGUCCGAGCCUCCGGACCAACUAAACCCGACGGGUUUUCUGUUUAAAAACUUUUUAAAUUUGUUUCUGUUUUUGUUUGUUUAGAAAUGCAAACAUGUCUGAACCCCCACUGGUCGGCCGAAGGAGCGGUUCUGGUAGGUUUGCAGUCAUUAAAGCGCCUCAGAACUCCUCAUCCAGGUGUCCCGGCGCUCCGUUCCAGGUGUUGUUGGUGACAUCAGAUAAGUUUGAAUCUGAAGUUUUCAGUCGUCGCUGUUGGUUCUGUUCUGAUCGGAUCUAGUCUUAUGGGCCGGGUCGGAGCAGGAAGCUGUUCCUCCCGCCUGAUCCCGACUAAACCGGGUCGGGCUGCUCUUUGAUAACUUUCACCAGGUAGUGAUGCUGGAGCACCUCUGCAGGUCACUGAGAGGUUCUGCUCUGGUUCUGUAUCUAAACUCAGUCAGAACACAUGGAUGAUCGUGUCCUGUGAUUUUUAAUAUUUCCCUUUUUUUUGUAUUUUAAGAUCAAAACGGUUCUGUGGAGGCGCUGCUUUUUACAGUAGAAGUUUUACGUGGCUUUGUUUUGGGCAGACGUCCCUGCGGCGGUCGUGUUCGACACGUUUUAUUCUGCUGGAUGGGCGGGACCAGCAGAAACAUCGUCUGAGUUUGUUCCACAGAAUAAUUUUAGCCUUAAACUCAGAUCAUCACUAAUCUAAAGAGACGCUUUUACGAUGAAGGUGUUGAAGCGAAGCUGCAGCUGGCGCCUGACUCCUCAGCCGUACAUGAAAACAAAGUCUGGUUGUGGAGGUGAACACAUGAACUGGAGCUGGCUGGAGAUCUGUGCUUUUGUUCAAACAUGAUGUCUCAUGAAAUCAUAAAUGUGCACAAAGAUGAACUUUUAAACAACGAUGUUACUGGUUGUAUAUUGAACACAAAUUAAUGAUGCAAGUGAAUAAAGUU